AUGCUUGAGCUUGAGGUAGAGCUCAGAGAUGAGAGGAACAUAGCGAAAGCUAUGGUUCCGUUUAUGCCGGAGAAAACCCUGAGGCAAAUAAGGGACAAGAGGAACAAGGCGUGUUACAAGAGGUGGCGAGAGCAGCGCCUUGAGAGUGCACGCUCGAAUCAAGAACUCUUCAAUGAGGAGGACCAGCAAGUGGAUGGUGCACCACUGGAAGGAGACGAUGUCUUUGUUGAUGCGGAAGAGACCGAGGAUGUCUUUCUAGACGUGGAGGAGGCACCGUGCGAUAUCUAUAACUUUGACGAAUCUGCGUCAACUGUGUGUUGGAGGCAAGCCAACAUCGAGGCUGUGCUAAAGGAGCUCAGAGAAAAUGAGCCCAAGGAAUCGCUGGAAGUACAACAACACAUUAUCCAGCUCCUGACAGCAAAAAGUGAAGGUCAGGCAAUAACACAAGAGGAACUAGAUACAGCCUAUGAGCUGGCGGUCAGUUUGUUUCACGCUCCGGCGCCCGGGAAGGUAGGCGGUACUUCCCGGGGACGCCGGAGUCGUAGGAAAGGGUCCUCGGGAAGAAGCGAGCGCAAAGCCCGAGCGUAUGCCCGUACACAAGAGUUAUACAGAAAUAACCCCGCUAUCUUCGCUAAAAUGGUAAGAGAGGGAAUGGACGUUCGAGCGUUGGAUGUAGGUGAAUCGGCGAGUCCUUCAGUCGAGAGCGUCAAAGAGCUCUACGAAGGGCUAUGGGGAAGCCUAGGUCAAUGUGAUAUCGACCAGAGAGAACGAGAGGCCACAGUGCCGUAUAACUCAGCAGAAAUUCUGCAUCUCAUCUCUAAGACGGAGAUUCUGAAACGUUUCAGGUCUACACGGCUGAGGAUGGCAGCCGGGCCUGACGGACUCCGUAAGGGAGAUCUGAUGAGGAAUGGAGGCUAUAUCCUCCAUGCAAUCUUUAAUGUUAUAAUGCUGGCGUUGAAACAACCAAGCGCGUGGCGUUGCAAUAGAACAACGCUAUUGCUCAAAGAGGGAAAGGACCCCUCUGUAGCGGCUAACUACAGGCCGAUUACUAUCUCCUCAAUAUUAAGCAGGUCCUAUUGGGGCAUUAUGGAUCAACGCCUGAGAAACGUGGUUCACCUGAAUGCACGGCAAAAAGACUUUGUGCCGGAAAUGGGAUGUUACAAUAACAUCAACUUGCUAAACGAAGUACUCGCACUGGCAAAGAAAGGCAAAGGAAUCGUUGCCACUCAGGUGGACAUAGCCAAGGCGUUUGAUAGCCUUCCGCACCCUGUUAUCAAAUAUGCUUUACUUGGGAAAGGGCUGCCGGAGGAGGUGGUCGCACUGAUAAUGGACUCAUACAAAGAAGCCAAAACGACUAUGAAAUGUCGUAACGAAACGUUCGACAUAGAGUUGAGAAGAGGUGUCAAGCAAGGAGACCCUCUGUCUCCGUUUAUUUUCAAUGUCUGCAUGGAUUUGAUCAUUGACAGACUUGAAAGGAUGGAAGGCUUUCAAGUCAAGGAAGGCCUGAGUAUAUCGUGCUUGGCUUUUGCCGACGAUAUAAUACUCAUUGCCGAUACCAGAGAAGCGGCGAGUCGGCUUAUGGAUAAGCUUGUCGGCUCCCUUACAAGAUGGGAAUGGCACUAUCGAUUGGAAAGUGCGUUGCCUUUGGUAUUGUUACCACCAAAGACAGCUGGUAUAUGGUGGAUCCAGAAAUAUACAGCAAUGGCGAGAAGAUCGCCUACUGCGGCUCUAUUCAGUCGAUGCAAUACCUAG